CCAUUGGCUGGGACCGCACCUGCUCUGAGCGCUGUCGGCGUGGUGGGGCGCCAUUACCGUUCUAGUACCGCGGAUAAGGCAUAGAGGGCUAUAGACCGAACAUACAUGGGUCAUAAAGGAUUCGAAGAAGUAGAGGAGAAGGACGCGUAAGAAUUUCUCUGGGCAUAGGGUUAAACGACGUUCAGUAAAAUAGCCUAUUAAGUGCGCGGCCGUACCGUACGUCGAAACGUUCGUCGUUUUGCCCGUCGCCGUCGUCGUCGUCGUCGGCUAGUCCACAUAGCGCUCCGCGUGCGUCGUUCACGAUUAAAUUUCGCCGUUUUCGAAGAGUUUUGCCGCCGGCCGGAGCAUCGUAAUCUGCAAGUGUGCACCCGAGAGUUGUUUGUUCGAACACAGUUGUUCUUCAGUGCAAGGGACCUGAUUUCGCGUAUAUUAUGAGCGGCGGCAGUGUGCGGUGCAGUGAACGGAACCAGCAAUGAGUUCCAAAUUCAUCAUCGAUAGCAUGCUCCCGAAGUACCAUCAACAGUUCCAUCAUCAGCAGCUGUUCGCGAACCCAACCACCACAUCAAACCUCGAGUCCAGCCUCAGCUCGGCGGUGAAUUACAGCUCGUCGGGAUCGCCGAGUGGAUCGUCGCCGCAGCACAGCAAUAGCAGCGCAUCGUCGACGUCGCCAGCGGCCAGAAUGUAUCCGUACGUGUCGGCCGCCGCCGCCCACCAUCAUCAGCAGCAAGCCGUUGCCGCUUUCAAUGCCGCCGCCACCGGUACAAUGGUACCGGGCUUUUCAUCAAGCGCGAGUACCGCAGCAUUGGCAGCCGCCGCCGCAGUUGACGCCGCCAACGAUAAAUCCUGCCGAUACACGGCUGGUCUAGCUGGUAACGUAGCACCGACGGACUCCAUGGUCAACUAUGCACUUGGCCAUCAUCAUCAGAACGGCGUGGCUGUUUCUGCUGCGAAUUCCGUCAGCGCCGCUUCGGCGUCAAUGGCCGUCGCCGCACAGUUCUACCAACAUGCCGCCAGCGCUGUCGCGGAUCCGUUGAAUUCCUGCUCCCAGCCGGUGGCACCCGGCGGGCAGCCAAUUCCGGACAUUCCGCGAUAUCCUUGGAUGUCUAUUACAGAUUGGAUGAGCCCCUUUGACCGUGUGGUGUGCGGUGAGUACAAUGGAACCCUUCCCGAUGGGGGCAUCUUCUCGUCUGUUACAGGCCCGAAUGGCUGUCCAAGACGACGGGGCCGACAGACCUACACGCGUUUUCAGACGCUGGAGCUAGAGAAAGAGUUCCACUUCAAUCACUAUCUGACACGACGGCGACGCAUCGAGAUCGCACACGCGUUGUGCCUCACCGAGCGUCAGAUCAAGAUCUGGUUCCAGAACCGGAGGAUGAAGCUGAAAAAGGAACUACGCGCCGUCAAGGAGAUCAACGAGCAGGCGCGACGUGAACGCGAAGAGCAGGAACGACACAAGCAGCAGCAGCAGGAGAAACAGCAGGCGAAGUUGGACGCACAGCACUCGCUCCAUCAUCACCACGACCCGAUGAAGAUGGGUCUCGAUAAGUCGUCCGGCGCGGACCUGCUCAAGGCCGUUUCGAAAGUACCUACAUAAGACACACACAAACCACAAACGUACAUAAGCGUUAAACUUAAGUUACAUUUAGCUAAAGCGUAUUAACGGACAGUCGGGACGAGUAAGCAGAGGAGGAAGACUUUGAUGAAUGUGCGGUGUUUUGUUCAAACACAUGGUAGAUGACAUUUUGGACGAUGUGUUAUAUAAGUUCGAUCAAAUCGGUUAUUAACAUUUCUUUGGAGUUGUGUUCUGAAGCCCACUCAGUGACAGAGACUUUCGGUGAGAGUUGUGUGCGUGCGUGAGAUGAUUGUUUAAAUGUUGUGCGCGUUGAACGUGAAGGAUCCGGAACACGACACACACAAGCUUCGAGUGCGAACUUCAAUCAAACGGAAACGAUCGGUUGUUGUCCAGUUGAUCAGCUCACCGAUUGACGGAACAUUUAUGUUUGUAUUAUGUUGUUUUAUAAAUAUUUGUUUAAAAACGUCUGUUCGCAUCAGCGAGAAAAGGAAACAGUUAAUUUGAUCAAUGGAAAUAUUAUUAUAUGAAUUGUGUACAUAUUUUUUGAUAAUUUUUUUUUGAGAAAUUGUGUUCGAAUUGUGUACUCGUUUUACUACUUAAAAGUGAAUUAUGUUAAGUUUUAUUAAUUAUUAUAUUAUGUGGAUGAUUACGAUUAUAUUAUUAUCUUUAUCAUACUUUUCUUUCCUUGGUUGAAACAUGUUGUUGAUGAACUGAAAGCUAGAGAGACAACAACACGCAGGCUUUCGACUUUGAUAUAAGGCAAGGAUUUGUGAUUUUUAUUUAGUUUCUCAUUGCGUUGACGAUUGUGAAAUGAGAUGUUACGAUUACAAAACAACAAGUCCAUCCCUUUUUGAAACUUUCUGACAUUUAACGAAAAAAAGCGGAAGAAUCAAAUGCAAAUUAUUUAGACAAAAAUAAACAAAAGCAAGAAAAUAAAUACGUAAAUCAAAUAGAAAUUCAUUGUUUGGAGAAAUAUUUUUCUAUGUAUCGAGGAAGGAUGAUUCGUUGCUCGCAACACAAACAAAUCGAAGACAAAGAUAAAUCAAGAAUUACGUCAAAGUAUGUUUGGAAGAGAAAAAGAACCGUACCUUGUGCCAAUUAAUUAACCAAUUAUAAACGACUAGGCGCGACGCGUCCGGAGACACGAAACGUACUGAUAUUAUCUGCAAUAAACGAGAAAUUAGUCACAAAAACUAAAAAAAAGCACAGAUUUGAGGUUAUGACGACCCGACGAACACACAGAAACUCAAACAAAACAUACAAACAAACAAAAACGGCCGAGUAUCUUACUCUUAGUACAUUAUACGUAAUUUGGUGUCAGGGUAGUAAACCUUAAACUUAAUAUUUUAGUAGUAACAAGAAUAAACAAGUCAUAAUGAAAGAGACAAAACAAAAAUACCUACAUUGCAAAACAUAACUCAGACACAGAGAGUGCAUGCAAGCAUUACACAUUUUUCUCGCCAUGAAACAAAAAUUUUAAAAGAAAAGAAAGUAAGUAAUAAAAACAAAGAGAAUAAAGGUACUAUCUAUCUAUAUUAUUAUACAUACACUAUACAUAUACAUAAAUAAUUAAAUGAUAAUAUUACAAUGAUGAACAUAAUGAAAUUGAUAAUUUAUUACAUUAACUAAACGUACACCAUGAAUGAGAUAUGGAUAUAUUGAUAACUAAAAUUCUUAUACUCUCUUUCAAUAAAAUAGCCUAACAAGAAAUAUAAAUCAGAGGUCGGAGAACAAUCGAAAUCGAAAUAUUGACACUGAAAAUACAGUAAACAGUUUCUAUCUCAACGCUACAUUUGAAAAAAUCAAAAAUUGGUUUGGUUAAUGAACGGAAGGACAAAACACGUACUAAUAGUGAAACUUAGAUGACUAUGAAAUAAAUCGAUGUUGUAAUGUAAUAUAUACGUAGACUUUUUUAGUGAUACAAUCUUCACACAAUUCAGACAUUCAUCAUUUUUCAACACAAACGAAAAUUUUCUUUCUAAACUAAUAAAAAUCUUCAAAAACGUAAUACCUACCUACAAGCAAAAAGGAAACAUUAGCAUAUACGUAAAAUUGUACAAUAUCUCCAGUAUAAAUAUAUUAAAUUUAAACAAAUAUGUAAAAAUACAUUCGGUCUUUGUCCUUCGGCACAGCAAGCGAUUAACGCAUGUAAUUGAGUGUUGGUUCUUUGAUUAAUCAUUAAUAAAUUAAGAUUCGAUUGCUGGAAAACACGUGAAGAGUAAUAAGAAAUUCGUAUACGCUGUACAAAAUGUAAAAGUUGCUUUGUUUCAUUGUCGAAUCGAAUGAGUUUUUGGAUUAGCUUUAAAUGUGACUAAUUUAAAUGUAAAUAAUUUCAGUUUUCACGUCUAUCAUCGAGACUUACAGAUGUUUAUAUUUAAGUAAACUAAUUAAUGAAUUUUCGUACUUGCCAUAAUGUUUAAGAUUUAUUUAUUUUAUUUCGUAAACUCCAUCCUGCGCACACACAUUAUAUUGAUUUGCAGCUGGAACACUGCAUGACAGGUGUAAAUAUGUUUCUUUAACAUAAUUUUUAAUUAAACAAAAACGUACGCUACACAAAAAGAAACGAUUUCUCUCCGAUUAUGUGUGAAUGUGUAAUGUGCAUGCGUUUUUUAUUACACACAUUAAAAACUACUCUCAGAAUAAUUAAAUUUUUGGUUUUUCGUUUUAUUGCUGGGAGUUUAGUAAUUAAAUUAUUGUCUCUGUUUGUGAUGUUUCGUGGCUGAACUAUUAUUUUCAUCAUUGGAAGCAUACAAAAUUUAGUAAAAAAAAAAUUUAGCUCUCUUUAGCCUGUGAUAGAAUUCGUAGAUUUUUUCAAAAAAAUCUCAAAUCAAAGCGAAAUUUGCAUUCGAUGACAAAAAGAGAGAUUUAAAAUUAAAAACACAGAAUAAUAAGAAAAUGAUCGCCGCUGGAAAAGGUGCAAUACGCAAUUAUUUCGUGCAAUCAGUUAAUAACAAAUAGUGUAGCGCUGCUUGUUUGUGUAUUUCUUCGCAGUAUUCUUUAUGUUUUUAUUUUUAUGUAAGAUGUAAAUAUUUGGGCGAGAACGAGUAGAUUUAAACGAAAAGUACAAUUAUGUUUGUUUGCGAAUCAAAUGGCACUCGAAUCUCUCUCAAAUGCCGAAUUAUUAAGCGAUAAAAUUAAUUACGUUUAUAUCUGUAAGAACUUGAGGUCACUUCUACGACAACAAUCUCUUUGUGUAUUAUACUAACGAGGUUCUGUUUUAAUUUAUAUUUUGUAAGGAUGUUUUGCGCGAAGGGAAACACUUCGAGAUCCUAACUAGUAUUAAUUUGUAAUCCUCAGCCCUCCCCCCUAACCCCCGCCCAUGCCCAUGAUAUAUAACGAUCUCUCAAAGUGGAUCGCAAAUCUAAACAUGUACGUAACACAGACGAGUCUUAACGUUUAAGGAAUGCAAGAUACAUAACUUAUACAUACAUACAUUACAAGUUUAACGGAUAAGAUGCAUAUGGAAAAUAAUUGAAUAAAAACACACACACGUAAUUAUAAGUGUAAGAAUAGUAGCGGUUAAGUAACAAAUACAUGCAUUACGUAACAAUUUACGAUUGAUUCAGUGUCGUAACAAGAUACAAACAUUAAUGAUUGAUAUGUGUUUUAAGGACGAUGAAGCGAGAAGUGUACUAGACAUACCUUAUAUACCAAUAAGAUAAUGAUAGUUGAAUGGAAAAGUAAUGGAAAUGUUUGCGGAGGUACAACCAUGUUGAUAUUGAAUUGAAGGAAGAAAAAACAAACUUAAUCGAUGAUUAUGAACUCGUAUAGUUGCUAUCUAUACCUACGAUUUUUGCUUUGAUGCCAUGUUCUUUAUAUUACUGUGUAACCAAUUAAUAUUAUAACAUUGUAAUUGUACAGAUUGUCUGAACUGAAAUAAAUAUUUCUUUGGAAAAA